GAGGAGCUCUCAUCACUUUGGCCGUGCAAAGCAGCAAGUCAAGGAUGAAGCUCGUCGUGGCCGCCACCUUUGCACUCUUUGUGCUCUCAUCCUUGCUGGACGAGGCGCACUCGUCGGCCUACGACAAGAUCGUGGCGCACAGCCGCAUCCGGGCCAGGAACCAGGGGCCCAACGUGUGCGCCUUGCAGCAAGUGAUGGGCACCCGCAAGAAGUACUUCAGCACUUGUCGCAAUUGGUACCAAGGCGCCAUCUGUGGGAAGAAAGCGACCGUCCUUUACGAGUGCUGCCCGGGAUACAUGAAGAUGGAUGGAAUGCGCGGUUGCCCCGCAGUGGCCCCGAUCGACCAUGUGUACGGCACCCUGGGCAUGGUGAAGGCCCAUUCCACCCAAAAUUACGCCGACUUGUCCAAGCUGAGGGCCGAGAUCGAGGGAUCCGGCUCGUACACUUUCUUUGCGCCCAGCAAUGAGGCCUGGGAGCUUUUGGAUGAGAGCAUGCGGGCCGCGCUGGUCAGCAACGUCAACAUUGAGCUUUACAACGCUCUGCAUUACCACAUGGUCAACAAGCGCCUCCUGACCAAAGACUUGCGCAACGGCAUGACAAUCACCUCCAUGUACAACGACCUGGGUCUGCUCAUCAAUCACUACUCCAACGGGGUGGUGACCGUCAACUGCGCCAGGAUCAUCCAUGGCAACCAGGUGGCCACCAACGGGGUGGUCCACGUGAUCGACCGCGUCAUCAGCGCCGUCGGGACCACCAUUAGGGAUGUGAUUGAGGUCAACGAUGAUCUGACCUCCUUGAACGAUAUUGCUCAGAACUCGGGAUUGCUGGACAAGCUCGGUCAGCCUGGACAUUUCACUCUCUUCGCCCCCACCGACGAAGCCUUUGCCAAGCUUGGAGGUGACGUGCUGGAGAGGCUCCAGGGCGACAAGCAGGUCCUCCAAGCUCUUCUCAAUUUCCAUCUCCUGGACUCGGUGCAAUGCUCCGAGGCCAUCAUGGCUGGAACCUCUUACGAGACGCUGGAGGGCAACAACAUCAUCGUCGGCUGUGACGGCGAGAGCUUGACCGUCAAUGGCAUUAAGAUGGUGCGCAAGAAGGACAUUGUCACCACCAACGGCGUCAUCCACGUGAUUGACCAAGUGCUCAUGCCGGACUCAGCCAAACAGGUAAUGGAACUGGUGGGAAGUUCCCAGUCCACCUUUGGCGACAUGGUGUCCGAGCUGGGUCUCUCUGCUGCCAUGAGACCCAAGGCCGAGUACACGCUCCUGGCCCCCCUCAACACCGCCUUUAACGAUGAGGUGAUGUCCAUGGAUCAGAGACUGCUCAAGUUCAUCCUGGAAAACCACAUCCUGAAGAAAAAGAUCAUCCUCGGAGACCUCUACAAUGGGCAGACGCUGGAGACCAUCGGCGGCAAGCUCCUGAGGGUUUUCAUCUAUCGCACUGCCGUGUGCAUCGAGAACUCCUGCCUAAUCAGGGGAAGCAAGGAAGGAAGCAACGGAGCGCUCCAUCUCAUGAAGAGCUUCCUCAAACCGGCCGAGAAAUCCAUGUAUGAGAUUCUGAGCGAUAACGGUAGCUUCAAGAUCUUUUUGUCUCUGAUGGAAGACGCCGGGUUGAGCGACUUGUUGAGGCAGUCUGGAGACUUCACUUUAUUCGCCCCGACCGACCAGGCCUUUGCCGGUUUGAAUGAGAGAGAUUUCAAACUGCUGAAGAGUGACAUCAACGCUCUCAGAACCAUCCUUCUGUACCACAUCAAUAACGGCAUCUUCAUUGGUGGCGGUUUGGAGACGGGAGUAACCAACCUUCUCAAGUCCCUUCAAGGCAGCAACCUCAAAGUGAUGUUUGCAAACGACACCAUGCGAGUCAACUCGGUGCAAAUCCCAGAUUCUGACAUCAUGGCCACAAACGGAGUGGUUCAUUUUGUCAACCGACUCUUGUAUCCCGCAGAUAUCCCCGUUGGAAACCAGGAUCUUCAAUCACUACUGAAGAGGCUCAUUACUUAUAUACAAAUUAAGUACAUUCCAGGCUUCAGAUACCAGGAAAUCCCCCUCACCUUUUUGCAAAAGUACAUCACGCGAGUUGUUCAAGCACCUGACGUGACCAAAGUGACGAGGGUCAUCCAACAGGAACCGGCCAUCACUAAAGUGACCAGGGUCAUUGGAGCCCAACCCUCCGUCACCAAGGUGACCAGAGUCAUUGAAAGUGACCCCACCAUCACCAAAGUCACCCGACUUGUCACAGGACCGCAGUAUUCCGUCAGAGGUGGCACCUCCCAAGUCACCGUGGACGGAUCUAACCUUGCAGAUAUCUCUACCUUUGAAACUGAUAAAAACUUUGACGGCGACCAGCUUGUCAAAACGAUCAAAGAAGGCGCUUCAAGGAGAAACCCUCCCCGAAGAAUUUUAGCUGGCAGCCGGCGAAGAGGACGGGACUGAGCCCGGACUCUCGAGGGGGGAGCGAGCGGGAUUCAGGCAGUGACCAAAGCAGGUUGAAAACCAGGGAUGCACUUUCAAGUGUACUCUCGGUUCCAAAACCAUCCUGGCAAGCAAUCUCCACGCUAGCAUCUCCACUUUGAGGCUCUCAAAUGCCAAUGGACAAUUCAUACGAGCCAUUAACGGAGCAAUAAAAGAAAAAGCACGGCUCAAUCCUACACUUUUUUCCCCGUGUCUUUGCCCAAGUCCAAGCAAUGAAACUCAAGGAGAAGAUUUUCUAAAUCCUGGCAUGGUAAAUAAGGAGAUGUUUUGUUUUCCGACCCUUAAAUGCUCUUAUCUGCUCUUUCAUUUCCAACAAUGUAUCUAAACGAUUCCCUGCUGUCUGUCUUUCUGCCCAAGCAUUUUCCAAUAAAGUGCAUUCUUUGAUAUAAA